GAUUGCGACAGGCCGGCCUCUGCUCCCAGAGCUCCCUGCCCCCGCCCCCGGCCGGCUCUCUCCACUCCCACUUCCUGAGCCCGGCGCUGGAGCCCUGGAGGCCAGGCCCGGCCGCUCCCGGCCCCCGGGGGCACGUCGGCCCAGCCGCCAGGCUUGGGAAGUCGUGGCCAACGCUGCUCAGGACGUCCGGGCUUCCCACCUUCCUCCCAGGCCUCCACCCGGUCUGGUCAGCCGACCCGAAAGGCCGCCAUGCGCCUGCCUGGGGCCUCUCCCUGCGGCCUGGCCCGGGGGCCACUUCUGCUGGGACUCUGCGGGAUCCUGACGGCAUCUCAGCUCCAGCUGGUGCCCCCAUAUCGCAUAGAAAACCAAACUUGCUGGGACCAGGACAAGGAAUACUACGAGUCUAAGCAUCAAGUCUGCUGCUCCCGCUGCCCCCCAGGCAAGUUUGUCUCUGCCGCAUGCAGCCAGAGCCAAGACACCGUUUGCGAGACUUGCCCCGAUCGUUCCUACAAUGAACACUGGAACCAUCUCUCCAUCUGCCAGAUGUGCCGCUCCUGUGACUCUGUGCUGGGCUUCGAGGAGGUUGCCCCCUGCGCCAGCGAUCGAAAACCCGAGUGCCGCUGCAAGCCAGGGAUGGCCUGCGUCUAUCUGGACAAUGAGUGUGUGCACUGCGAACAAAUUGUAAUAUGCAAGCCUGGCACGGAAGCUGAGGUUACAGAUGAAGAUAUGGAGACUGACAUCACCUGUGUCCCCUGCAAGUCAGGAUACUUCCAGAAUACUUCCUCCCCUACAGCCCGCUGCCAACCCCAUACCAGAUGUGAGAACCAGGGCCUGGUGGAGGCAGCUCCAGGCACCCCCAGCUCUGACACCGUCUGUAGAAAUCAAUCCGAGCCAGGGACAAUGCUGCUGCUGGCCAUCCUGCUGCCGCUGGUCUGUCUUCUGCUCUUCACCACCACCCUGGCCUGCACCUGGACGAGGCACCCCUCUCUCUGCAGAAAGCUGGGUACUCUGCUCAAGAGGCAUCCAGAGGGAGAAGAAUCUCCCCCCUGCCCCACUCCAAGAGCCAACCCACAUUUCCGUGACCUGGCGGAGCCCCUUCUACCUAUACCUGCCCCAGUGACCCCAGUCUUGGAGAAAGUGGUACUACAACAGCAGAGUCCCCUGGUCCAGGCCAAGGAGCUGGAGGGGCACAGCCAGGUGGCCCACGGUGCAAAUGGCAUUCAUGUGGCCGGAGGCUCUGUGACGGUCACUGGCAACAUCUAUAUAUACAAUGGACCGGUGCUGGGGGGGACGGGCCCUGGAGAUCCCCCAGCAUCCCCUGAGCCUCCAUACCCCAUUCCUGAAGAGGGAGCCCCUGACCCUUCUGUGCUCUCUACACCUUACCAGGAGGAUGGCAAAGCUUGGCAUCUGGCUGAGACAGAGACACUAGGGUGCCAUGCCCUCUGACAAGGUCAAGGAACCUAUUUGCCACCUGAUGCCUGAUGGUAUCUGAGAAAGGCAAGGAGGAAAGAGGGUCCAGCCCCUUCUCCCGGAGGCUGCUCUACCCACCAGGACUCACAGGGUCUGGGUAGGCUCUGAGAAGCAGAGCCCUAAGAGACUGGCCUCAGACACCUCUUCGAAGCGGAACGGGACACUAGCAGGGUGCAGUGCCCGCCCAGGACUCUUACUGCUGUCUGAGCAAGCCUGAGACCUUGUUGCAGGCCCACCAGCCCCAGAGGGCACACAUGCAGCCCCAGACACAGGCAAGGCUGGUGACCCUAGCUGCUGCCCACCAUGCCUCUCUGCACCCGAACCACGGCAAAGGAGGGAGCUGGUCACAGGGUCACUUGCAAGGAUAUCACAGGGACCUUGCAAAGCUUCGUGGUGCUCAUCCCCAACCUUUAGAGGCCUUGAGGGCUCAUACCAUGUGGACCAAGAUAGACCCUGGGUGAAGAUGAAGCCACGUGGAGGAGCGUCCCUCCCUCGCUCCUGGGGGAGAGGAAGUGAGGCAGUGAGAGUCGAGGUUGUAUGGUUACCAGGUAUCCAGGAGAGUUUGGGAACAGGAGAACCAUGGCAAGUGUAUUUAUAAAUUGUAACCACAUGCAAAUAAAGACAAGAUCGAGAUCCUUUA